GGCCUCGCCGACCGCAUCCCCGUCCACCCGGAGAGAGCAUCGGCCCCACGGGGGCCCUCUCGGCCGUUUCUGUCUCCUCUGCAUGGCUGUCACCCCGCGAGCGGAGAGUCGCCGCUGAGACCUGGCCGAUCCGGGACCCCGCCACCGAGCGCGCACCGGCCCCAGCUCAGCCAUGCUGGCCUGCCUGCAGAGGACCCAGAACCCCCCGGGCCAGCACCUGGCCUGCCCGAGCAAGAGCCUGGAGCGGCGCAAGUGCGAGGCGGUGGCCAGCUCCAUGCAUUCCUCCCGCUACCCGAGCCCGGCCGAGCUCGACGCCUACGCUGAGAAGGUGGCCAACAGCCCUCUGUCCAUCAAGAUCUUCCCCACCACCAUCCGGGUGCCGCAGCACAAGCACCUGGGCCGCACCGUCAACGGCUACGACACGUGCGGCCAACGCUACAGCCCCUACCCGCAGCACGCCGGCUACCAGGGCCUGCUGGCCGUCGUCAAGGCCGCCGUCUCCUCCAGCGCGGCCGCGCCCGCCGGGCCUGUCAAAGGCGUGCUCAAGAGCGCCGAGGGCAAGCGGACCAAGCUGUCGCCAGCCACCGUGCAGGUGGGCAUCGCGCCCUACCCGGCGCCCAGCACUCUGGGGCCCUUGGCCUACCCCAAGCCUCCUGAGGCGCCCGCCCCGCCACCCGGCCUGCCCACGGCCGCCGCCACGGCCGCCUCCGUCAUCCCCCUGCCCGGCCGCGGCCUGGCCCUGCCGCCUUCCAACCUGCCCUCCAUCCACAGCCUCCUCUACCAGCUCAACCAGCAGUGCCAGGCCCCGGGCGCGGCCCCCGCGGCCUGCCAGGGCGUGGCUGUGCCUCAGCCCAGCCCGGCCAAGCACGGCCCAGUGCCCAGCUUCCCCAGCCUGGCCUAUUCGGCCGCGGGCCUGCCCGACUGUCGCAGAGGCACCGAGCUGGGCCCGGGAAGCUCGGCCUUGACGUUGGCUGGAGCCGCCAAGCCCGCAGGGUACGUGGAUGGCAGCCUGGACUACCUGCUGUGGCCACAGAAGCCACCCCCACCGCCGCCCCAGCCUCUGCGGGCCUACAGCGGCGGCACGGUGGCCAGCAAGUCCCCGGAGGCUUGUGGGGGGCGGGCAUACGAGCGGGCCAGUGGGUCCCCCCUCACCUGCAGCGUGGGGCUGCCUGCCGGCCUCACCGUGGGCCAGUACUUUGCCGCCCCCUGGAACAGCGUGCUGGUGACACCCACCAGCGACUGUUACAACCCGGCGGUGGCCGUGGCCGAGCUGGGGCCCGGGGGCGCCCGGGAGCUGGCGGGGCCGCCCGCGGAGGCCCUCUCCGGCCUGCCCAGCAGGAGCGCGUGCAGCACGGCGGCCCUGAGCAGCAGCCUGCAGUCGCUGGAGUAUCUCAUCAACGACCUCCGGCCGCCCUGCAUCAAGGAGCAGAUGCUGGGCAAGGGCUACGAGACCGUGGCGGUGCCCCGGCUGCUCGACCACCAGCACGCCCACAUCCGCCUGCCUGUCUACAGAUAAGGCCUGCCUGUGCCGCACGGACGGAGGGACAGGGCACCGACGGGGAGGCGGGCGGAGGACAGCAGUCAGCGCGCAGGGGCCACUGGUGCCCCCGGGCAGCGGGGCUGGCUGCUGCCGGGUCUGUGGAGGUCUGGCAGGUGACCUUGCUCACCAAGGCCUGUCCCCCCACUUCAGAGGCCCCAAGACCCAGGGAGGGCCUCCCUGCGUCCACGCUGACGAGGGAGGGGAGAGACCACCUUCACCACCAGGGCUCCAUUGGCACUCCCAGGGGGGAGCCCAGGCCAGGGCAGGAGGCAGGAAGAAAUGCGGGGCUUAGAACCAGAGGGCCCCAAGUGCCCCCAGGGGUCAGACAGCUCCCCACAAGCCCCAGACACCUGGAAAAGCCGCAGGGGGAGUCGGCGGUCCCGCAGGGCCCCCCACCAGCCAACCCAGGUGAAUGCCACUCAUGAGGGCUCCAGGGACCACCGGCCCCCCUGCUCCUCUAGACUCUCCUCCCCUCCCCCAUUCCUUCCCAGCACAGAAAAACCGCCCCCCAUCCCCACCCCCCACCCCCGGGCUCCCGCCCCCUUCCCUUUCCUCCAGCACGUCCACGUCCACGGGGCUGCUGGCACAGCUGUGGCCGCACACCGCACAGGGCACCUCGUCUGAGGAGACGCCUCUCGCACCCAGACUUGUGUGUUUAGGAGGCGACCUCCCGAAGCCUGAGGCAGGGGUGCCCUCCCCCAUUCGCACAAGGAACCCAGGGCUGCAGGGGGCCUGCCCUGCCUUCCUCGGGGUUCUCUGCUGGAGCCAGGGAGGGGAGCUGCUGGCUUUAACUGGGAGGCCCAGGGCAGCUCCCUUCCUGCCAGUGCCCCCAGGGCCGGCCCGCACCAUCGGGGGUGAGGGGGGCAGCAGGGGCUCCCCCGCCGGCCCCGGCAGCGGUACUGUAUCUCUCCAAGGCCUGUUCAAGCACUAAGUGCAUUUACAAAUCUCUGAGAAUGUUUUUUUAUACUAAAAUUGACCAUUAUAUUCUA